AUGAGUAACAAUUACCAGAGAGCCCCUCAAGACCCACCUUAUCCUCCUCCACCAUACGGAUCUCCUUACCCACCGCCACAAGGCUACCCGGUAACCCAAUUCCCACCGGGUUACCCAUCAGCACCACCGCCACCUGGUUACGAAGGCUAUCCUCCUCCGCCGCCACCUGGUUACGAAGGCUACCCUCCUCCGCCGCCACAACAUGGUUAUGGAACAACGUACCCGCCGCCUCAUCCUCAAUACCAAACCUAUCAAGGGUAUUUCAAUAAUGGAUAUCCUCCUCCGAAUUACAAUUUCCACCAUGUUCAGCAUCAUUGCCACAAUGAUGAUCAUAACUCGUGUUUCUCUGGCUUCUUCCAAGGAUGCUUUACAGCGCUCUGUUGCUGUUGUUUUCUAGAGGAGUGUUGUUUUUGA